AUGGCUUGUCCUCAGGACAGCUGUCUUCCUGGGCUGGUAGAUGGUGUCAGGGACCAGAAUGGUCCCCUUGUUGUCAAAGAGGAGGCAGUCAGAGAACUGCUGAGAUGCUCAGAUAUUCAUAAAUCUAUGGGACCAGAUGGGAUCCAUCCCAGGGUGAUGAGGGAGGUGGCAGAUGAGCUUGCAAAGACACUCUCCAUCAUUUACCAACAGACCUGGCCCACUUGUGAGGUUCCAGAUGACUGGAAGCUGGCCAAUGUGACACCCAUUCAUAAAAAGGGUGGGAAGGAGGAUCCUAGUAAUUACAGGUCAGUUAGCCUGACCUCAGUACCUGGUAAGGUUAUGGAACAGUUUAUACUGAGUGCCAUCACACAGCACUUAGAGGAUGGCCAGGGUAUCAGACCCAGCCACCAUGGGUUUAAGAGGGGCAUCCUGGCGUGUAUCAGGAAGUGUGGCCAGCAGGAGCAGGGAGUUCAUUCUUGCCCUGUACUUGGCACUGGUGAGGCUGCACCUUGAGUGCUGUGUCCAGUUCUGUCCCCUCAGUUUAGGAAGGACGGUGAGAUGCUUGAGCGUGUCCAGAGAAGGGCAACAAGGCUGGAGAGGGGCUUGGAACACAAGCCCUAUGAGGAACAGCUAAGGGAGCUGGAGCUGUUUAGCCUGGAGAAAAUGAGACUCAGAGGUGACCUUAUCACUCUCUACAACUUCCUGAAAGGUGGUUGUAGUCAGGUGGGGUUUGGUCUCUUUCUCCAGACAGCAACUGACAGAACCAGAGGACACAGUCUCAAGCUGCACCAGGGGAGAUACAGUUUGGAUAUUAGGAAAAAGUUUUUCACUGAAAGAUUAAUAAAGUAUUGGAAUGCUUUGCCUGGGGAGGUGGUGGAGUCACCAUCCCUGGAUGUAUUUAAAAAAAGACUAGAUGUGGUACUUGGUGCCAUGGUCUAA